GUUUUGAACUUUGAGCUACUCUUCUGACGGUAGAAAGAUUACUGAAGACAGGUCAGUUCCUGAAGUGUACUGUGACUGAACGUGGAUCAAGGCAGUCACGAACAUUCUGAAGUUAGACAAUGAGGAAUAUUUUUUGAGGAACCCUUUUCAGCUGACCAGAAAUAACCAGGAUCGAACAAUGGACGAUAGCUGGGAUGCAGCCUUCACCUUUUUCAAGAUGUGGUUUUCUGCGGUUGUGGCACUCAUCAUGUUUCCUGCCAUGUUUGGAGUUUCUCUGGGAAUUACAGAGGCCUACAUGAAGGUCCUGGUGAAGACUCUGGAGUGGGCAACCCUGCGGAUCCAGAAAGGGAGAGGUGAACAGCAGAUGCUCAAAGCGUCCCCGUCGAACGGAAUCAUCGAGCGGGGCGACGGCUCCAUGGAGCAGGAGAUGGGGGAGCUGAGGCGGUGCCGGCCCAAGCCGCCCACGGGCGGGGACUUCACCCUGAGCGACGUCUUCUACUUCAACAGGAAGGGCUUCGAGAGCAUCAUGGAGGACCAGGUGACCCAGCGCUUCACGUCUGAGGAGCUGGUCUCCUGGAACCUGCUCACCCGCACCAACAACAACUUCCAGUACAUCAGCCUCCGCCUCACCGUGCUGUGGGGCCUGGGCCUGCUCAUCCGCUACUGCUUCCUGGCGCCCCUCCGAAUCACUCUGGCAACCAUUGGUUUGAGCUGGCUGGUGAUUGGAACCUCUAUAGUCGGUCUGCUUCCCAGCAGCAGGGCGAAGAACUGGCUGAGUGAGUUGGUCCAUCUGAUGUGCUACAGGAUCUGUGCCAGGGGACUCUCAGCCACCAUCCACUACCACAACAAGGAGAACCGGCCAAAAAAGGGAGGGCUCUGUGUGGCUAAUCACACAUCGCCGAUUGAUGUCGUAAUUCUGGCCAAUGACGGGUGUUAUGCUAUGGUGGGUCAGGUUCACGGUGGCUUAAUGGGAGUCAUCCAGAGGUCGAUGGUGAAAUCUUGUCCUCAUAUCUGGUUCGAGAGAUCUGAGAUGAAAGAUCGCCAUCUUGUGACCCAGAGGUUAAAAGAUCAUGUGGCUGACCAGACAAAGCUUCCCAUUUUAAUCUUCCCUGAGGGAACCUGCAUCAACAACACAUCGGUCAUGAUGUUUAAAAAGGGCAGCUUCGAGAUCGGAGGCACAAUAUACCCUGUAGCCAUCAAGUAUGACCCCCAGUUUGGGGAUGCCUUCUGGAACAGUGCCAAGUACAGCAUGAUCAGCUACCUGCUGAGAAUGAUGACCAGCUGGGCCAUUGUGUGCAAUGUGUGGUACUUACCCCCCAUGACACAGGAGGAAGGAGAGGAUGCUGUCCAGUUUGCCAACCGGGUGAAAUCUGCUAUCGCGCACCAGGGAGGGUUAGUGGACUUGUCAUGGGAUGGGGGCUUGAAGAGGUCAAAGGUCAAAGAGGCCUUCCGAGAGGAACAGCAGAGGAAGUACAGCAAUAUGGUCGUCGGGGACGACAGCAGCGACUAACCCCCCUGAACACGCGUCCGGGGCGUAACGCCAGCACACAGGCCCAACACGCCUGGAGCCAGGUCUCUGAGCCGGACUGUGCUUCAGGGGCCAGAUACCUCAAGGAGCUGCCUUUUUUCCUGUCUGUUCUCCCUAUGGAUACGCUCAUGCAUACGUUUUGUUUCAGACACAAAGGGACUGAUUUGCUUGUGCCACCAUGUGGGGUUUUUGUUUUGUCAUUGACUAACCUUUAGGAGGUAUUUUCAUGUUAUUUACCAUUAUGAGUUGGGUCACAUAGAAACACAUAGAGGUCAUAAGGUGGGAGGAUUGAAUCAUCCCUUAAUGUGGCUUAUGCCUAAUGAAUGACUCAUACGGUGGUCAACUUUGAAAAGUAAAUCAAAACUAGUAAAAGAGUAAUGUCUACUGCUGUGUCGACUAUUUCCAUAAAUGUCAUAAAUCAUGUCACGUAGUUUCAUAACAUUGAGUGUUUUUGUUUUUUAAAGGGGCAUUUCACCCAAAAAUUUAAUUAAACUAUCUUUCCACUGACCUGGAGUGCUGUAUAUAUCCAGAUAGUUUCGCUCAGUUUUGAAGUUUUCUAGAUAUGCAAUGUAGCUCGACCUGAUACAAUGACUUCAAGGGGACAAGGUUUAUGUGGUCUCUAAGCACUGAAAAUGUACACUUGAAAAGCUCAAUAACAUAAGCUCAAUAAUGUCUCUUUUAAAAUACAAUGCUACAGUUAUUCUAGAGCAUCCGUAGAGUUGUGUGCAUGGUUUCAUCGAAAACUACUUUCAACUAAAGCAGUUUUUUGAUGAAAAUAAAAUAUACUGUGGUUACUCAGACAUCAGCAGAGCCUAUUUUCUUUGUAGUUUCUUCAAAAAACACCCGAAUUACGGCAACUGUACAUCUAUGCAAAGUCUCAACCAAAGCAAGCCUGUGUUCUGGCCUUCAGUGUCAAGUGUGUUACAUAAUACUGGUGUGCUUUGGUUGGGACUUAAUGACUAACCAGGGCAUUAUAUUUGGAAAGGAUUGUUGCUCUUCAGUUCUAAAUACAUUUUUGGUGUUUUGACACUAAACACCUUGUGCUGUUGAGGUCCAUUGUCUCAGGUUGAGCUGCAGUGAAUAUCAAGAUUGUUAUCUAAACAGAUGGUACAACUGGUUAAGUGUAAAGUUUAUGGGCGAACUGCCCCUUUAAGUAUCCCACCAAUAUUUGGGCAAGAACAUAAAAAAAAAUACAGAACCCACUCUACAGUAUACUCUUUCUAUACGUGUUCAGUUGCCAUUGAGUUAGUACUGUUUGUGUUUUUGUGUUCAAAUGACCGUUUCAGUUUGGCAAACUCUUCUGUAUCUCCGCCAUGCUGUAUGUGAUAUUAACAGGUUCCAUCCAUUGAUAUUGGAAAAUGUUUUUGUUCUGCUGUGUAAAACUGUGAUUUACUGGUCAGAUCAAAGCAUUUCAUGUGUAAUCAAGGUUAGUUUCAUCAGGUGUGCUUGAUAUCAAAUAAUUGGAUCCAGCUAGGGAUGCCCAAGAAUAUAUCCCUUGAAUGAAUGUGUCUCGCAGUUGUCAACCAAUCCAAGCUUUUAAUGCCUUCCAUUCACAAGAUUUGUGAAUAGUGCGAAACCUGUUCUAAGCUUGUUAACCCAGAUGAGUACAUUCUGCCAAUUAUAUCUGGUCUUGUCUGGUAAUACUUUAUUAAUAAAAAUAAAGUGUCCAAACAUCAUCAAA